ACAAAUUUCUAAAUACUGUUUCUGCAUUAAGUUCCUCCAGGCAUUCUAGGUCCUAGUUUGAGAAUUGGUCACAGUUUGGAAUUUUCUGUAUUUACGUGUAUAAAAAUACUUCAAGGUGUAUCUACAAAAUGAUCAAUAUAGUUUCCAAAUCGGGGAACUUGGCACCAUAUCUGAAAGCAACGACACAGACUGUUGCAUCGCAGAUAAAACAGCUGAGUCCUGCUGUUCCAGCAUCCCUGAAGAUAGUAGUUCCACCAGUUCAAGAAUUGCACACAAACUAUUCUUUGAGUAACUCAUUACCUUCUGGUAGAGUACGUGUACUCUCGGGUCCAGGAGUGACAACACAAGUAAGAUUUGCCCACACGGAUAUUCAGAUUCCAGAUUUUUCUGCAUACAGAAGGAAAGAUGUACAAGAUGGUACUGCAGUCAGUAGGAGAAGUGAAGAUUCACGUAAAUCCUUCACAUAUCUGGUUGUUGGAGGUGGGGCUGUUGUUGGAGCAUAUGCAGCGAAAACCUUGGUGGGUGAGUUUGUAAGUUCAAUGAGUGCAUCUGCGGAUGUUCUUGCACUAGCUAAGAUUGAGAUCAAACUGGGUGAUAUACCUGAAGGCAAGAGCGUCACCUUCAAAUGGCGAGGCAAACCCUUGUUUAUCAGACACAGGACACCAAGUGAAAUUCAAACAGAAAGAAAUGUUGAUGUGCAGUCUCUUCGUGAUCCUCAACAUGAUGCUGACAGAGUUCAAGAUGCUGAAUGGCUGGUGAUCAUUGGUGUGUGCACUCACCUGGGCUGUGUACCUAUUGCAAAUGCAGGUGAUUUUGGUGGUUAUUACUGUCCAUGUCAUGGCUCACAUUAUGAUGCAUCUGGCCGCAUACGAAGAGGACCUGCACCUCUUAACCUUGAAGUUCCAAAUUAUGAGUUCCCUGGUGAUGGAACCUUAAUUGUAGGAUAAAUGUAGAUACAGUUUAAAUAGCUGUCUAGCAGACAGAAUUUUUUAAGAAUGUUGUGUUCCCUUAUCCAAUCACUGUUAAGUAUUAUGUAUGAUUAUAUGGCUGACAUCGGUUGGUGUGACAUUUUUACCAACAGUGUUGAAGGAUGUAUGUAUAUUUAAAGUGAAUGUAAAAGGCAUCUCUCUGUAAGUAAAUCUGUACAGUAUAUUAUAAAAUUAAAUAGACCAUACCAUGAGUUUGUUGUACAUUGAUUACAUACAUUCGGCAGCCAUUGCUGUUUGCAGUACUAAUUUCUUGCACUGUAGAACUGCAUAGUGUCUUCUGCUGUAACAAAUAGUUCAACUGUUUAGUAAGUUAUUUGCUAAUUAUACUGUUUGUAAAGUCAGUUGCACCAAAACAUAUUAUGAAAAUCAGAAUAAAAAGAAUAAUUUCUGGAAAGAAAGUUCUGUAAAUGCUGAAGUGCAAUGUAAAUAAAAUCUAAAAGUUUGUGA